CUCAACUCUUCCCUUCACCACCAACUCCUUCCUUCCUUUCGUCCUCCCUCCGUUUUUACACAAUGGCCUCGCUCGUUUCUACUCGAUUGGCUGGUCGUAGACUGACAACCCUCCCGCGCAACCUCCAACUGCGCCGCGGCUUCAGCGUCAAAACCACCGCCGACACGACCCAGCUCACGGGCAAACCCUCGGACCCCGCCACCGAGCCCUACACCCUCCGCCUCCACGAAGACUCGUUCAAGACGUACAAAUGCGACGCGCCCUCGCUCGACGUGUCCAUCACCAAGAGCGAGCUCCUCCAGAUGUACUCGGAGAUGCAGGUCAUGAGGCGGAUGGAGAUGGCCAGCGAUGCGCUGUACAAGGCUAAGCUUAUUCGUGGGUUCUGCCAUUUGGCUACUGGUCAGGAAGCAGUCUCCGUCGGCCUCGAGCACGGCAUCAAAAAAGACGACCGCGUCAUCACCGGCUACCGCUGCCACCCCUUCGCCGUCCUCCGUGGGGGCACCGUCGAGGGCGUCAUCGCCGAGCUGCUCGGUCGCCAAGCAGGCAUGUCCCACGGCAAGGGCGGCUCCAUGCACAUCUUCACCCCCACCUUCUUCGGCGGCAACGGUAUCGUCGGUGCCCAGGUCCCCGUCGGCGCCGGCGCUGCGUUCGCGCAAAAGUACAAGGGCGAGAAGCACUGCACGUUUGCGCUGUAUGGCGAUGGUGCGAGCAACCAGGGUCAGGUGUUUGAGGCGUUUAAUAUGGCCAAGUUGUGGAACUUGCCGUGUGUGUUUGUGUGUGAGAAUAAUAAGUAUGGGAUGGGCACGUCGGCGGAGAGGUCGUCGUCGAAUACGGAGUAUUAUACGAGGGGUGAUAAGAUUCCUGGUAUCCAGGUCAACGGCAUGGAUAUCAUCGCUACCAAGCAGGCUGUCGAGUACGCUCGCAACUGGACCGUCAACGACGACAAGGGUCCUCUCAUCCUCGAAUUCAUAACCUACCGCUACGGUGGUCACUCGAUGUCCGACCCUGGUACCACCUACCGCACUCGUGAGGAAGUCCAGAGGAUGCGAAGCACCCAGGAUCCUAUCCGUGGUUUGCAGAGGUACCUCGAGGAGUGGGGUGUUGCUACUGAGCAGGAGCUCAAGGCCCUCGACAAGGACGCCAAGGCUGUGGUCGACAAGGCUGUUGAGAUCGCCAAGGCCUCGCCCGAGCCCGAGAUCAAGGAUUUGUGGACUGAUAUUUACUACAAGGGUACUGAGCCUCCGUUCAUGCGUGGGCGGGAGAGGGAGGAGGUUCAUUACUACUAAGCGGGUUCGCGAGCGAGGGUUCGGUACUACUGUGUGUAAGUGGUUCGAGCUCGCGAGGGUUGAACCGCGUGUAGUGGUAUAGUCCUCGUGUGGUAGUAGUCGCCCCUCGUUGAGGGAGUGUGGUGGUCGCAUUCGUUACGACGUCGGUCGCUGGUGGUUGAUGAAAUUUCUUAGACUUUUUAGACUCUUUCUUUCGUAUUUCGUUUUGUUUAUGCCUUGAGACGUAUAUAUCCUACGUGCACGCACACAUCGUUUUUUUACCAUACAGUUAUACAUCGCUGAUAAAAACAUUGUGGUGGUUC